AUGGAGGAACGCGGGUCCCCCGACGGGGACCCCGCGCGGAACCUGGAGCAGGGGCCAGAGGGGCCAGAAACGCCCAUCCAGGUGGUGCUCAGGGUGCGUCCCAUGAGCGCGGCGGAGCUGCGUCGAGGGGAGCAGAGCGUGCUGCACUGCUCAGGGACCCGGACUCUGCAGGUGAGCCCCCCGGGCGGGGGCCCCGACGUGGCGUUCCGCUUCGGCGCAGUGCUGGACGGGGCGCGCACGCAAGAGGACGUGUUCCGGGCCUGUGGCGUGCGGCGCCUGGGCGACCUGGCGCUGCGCGGCUUCUCCUGCACCGUCUUCACCUUCGGCCAGACCGGCUCCGGGAAGACCUACACCCUGACCGGACCUCCUCCCCAGGGGGAGGGCGUGCCCGUACCCCCCAGCCUGGCCGGCAUCAUGCAGAGGACCUUCGCCUGGCUGUUCGACCGCGUGCAGCACCUCGGUGCCCCUGUCACUCUCCAUGCCUCCUAUCUGGAGAUCUACAAUGAGCAGGUUCGAGACUUGCUGAGCCUAGGGGCUCCCCGGCCCCUCCCUGUUCGCUGGAACAAGACCCGGGGCUUCUAUGUGGAGCAGCUGCGGGUGGUGGAGUUUGGGAGUCUGGGGGCCCUGAUGGAACUUCUGCAAAUGGGUCUUAGCCGUAGAAGGAGCUCAGCUCACACCAUGAACCAGGCCUCCAGCCGAAGCCAUGCCCUGCUCACACUAUACAUCAGCCACCAAACUAUGCCUGCUGUGGAUCCUGGGGAACCCCCUGCGGGGGGGAAGCUGUGCUUUGUAGACCUGGCUGGCAGUGAGAAGGUGGCGAACACAGGAUCCCGUGGGGAGCUGAUGCUUGAGGCCAACAGCAUCAACCGCAGCCUGCUGGCCCUGGGUCACUGCAUCUCCCUGCUGCUGGACCCACAGCGGAAGCAGAGCCACAUCCCCUUCCGGGACAGCAAGCUCACCAAGCUGCUGGCGGACUCGCUGGGGGGGCGUGGGGUGACCCUCAUGGUGGCCUGCGUGUCCCCCUCAGCCCAGUGCCUUCCCGAGACCCUCAGCACCCUGCGAUAUGCAAGCCGAGCUCAGCGGAUCACCACUCGGCCCCAGGCCCCCAAGUCCCCUGUGGCGAAGCCACCCAAGCAUUUGGAGACCGAGCUAUUGCAGCUCCAGGAGGAGAACCAUCGCCUGCGGUCCCAACUGGGCCAAAUGGACCCCAAAGCCUCUGGACUCACUGGGGCCCGGGUGGCCUGGGCUCAGCGGAACCUCUACGGGAUGCUGCAGGAGUUCAUGCUGGAGAACGAGAGGCUCAGGAAAGAAAAGAGGCAGCUGCAGAGCAGCCGCGACCUGGCCCAAGAUGAGCAGCGCGUCCUGGCCCAGCAGGUCCACGAGCUGGAGAGCUCUGCCACCAGCUGUGUGGCCUUGG